AUGCUGAUCUUCAACCAUUCCAGCUUCCUGACCUUCACUUUGAUGGGCAUACCAGGCUUACAGUCACAACACUUGUGGCUAUCUCUUCCUUUCUCCUCCAUGUUUUUGGCUAUCCUCAUUGGCAAUGGUGCUGUCCUCUUCCUGGUCACCACAGAGCCCACACUUCAUACCCCAAUGUACCUGCUCCUGGCACUGCUGAUGGUGACUGACCUCAUAUCUGCUCUGGCUCUGUUGCCCAAGGUCCUCUGCCUCUUCUGGUUCAAUGAUGGGAACAUCACUGCCAAUGCCUGUUUCACCCAGAUGUUUUUCAUCCAUGGAGCAUCCGUGGUACGGUCAGCCCUACUUGUUGCAAUGGCCUUUGACCGCUUUGUGGCUGUGUGUGAGCCGUUACGCUACAACACAAUUCUGAGCCAUUCCUUAGUCGGCCGCCUGGGACUGGUGGCCCUGGCCAAGGGUGUGAUUCUUAUCCUUCCCAUGCCUAUUCUGCUUCACAGGUUGACGUUCUGCCGUGUGGUCAUUCCUCACACCUACUGUGACCACAUGGCUGUGGUGAAAAUGGCCUGUGACCACACCAGACCUAACCGAAUCUACGGGCUCUUUGUGAUUCUGUUUGUGGUGGGACUUGAUUUGCUGUUCAUUGGCUUCUCUUAUGGCCUCAUACUGCAGACUGUGGUACAUCUCAACUCUCGAGAUGCUACCUACAAAGCCCUCAACACCUGCUCAGCUCAUUUCUUUGUCAUCCUUGUCACUUAUGUGCCUCUACUCUUUUCCUCUCUUACCUACCGCUUUGGUCACAAUAUCCCACCUCAUGCCCACAUUCUUCUUGCCAAUCUCUACCUUCUUCUACCCUCAGUGCUCAACCCCAUCAUCUAUGGCAUAAAGAUGAAGGAAAUACGGGACAAGAUGGCCAAAUGCCUGUGCAGAUGA